AUGGUCAUGGAAGAGGAUCCUGCUGAAACGGCUAGGGUACAUGGCAUGGGAACAGCGCAGACUAGGGGUCCAUCAUCCCCAUCGCAGAAUGAUCCCCACGUCAUCCACCGUCGGCUAGCGAUGGCAGAUCGCGCCACACCAUUUUAUACGUUAAAUCGGGCUGUUGAGACACGGGACUACGGAGUAGCCACCUCUCCCACCUGUCCUCAGUCUGAAACACUCCCACCGGGACUACUGCCUUCGGAAUAUAUACUUCUAACCCUAGACCCUCCAUCAAGAGGCAAGGCAUGGGCAUUCCUUUCCGGAUAUUGUCCGAACCCUAGCUUGAAGCGUACACCCACAUCCCACAUCUCCUGGGACAAGCGCCAAUAG